ACAAAGACUGCCAAACUUCCUGUCUUUGGCCAUGGCCUGCCCCAGGUGCCUGGUCCUCCUUCUGAUGGGAGUCUUCCUAGCAGUUUCCCAGCCAGUCCUGACCCAGCCAGAUGCACUGCUGGUCUUCCCAGGCCAAGUGGCUCAGCUCUCCUGCACACUCAGCCCCCCACAUACCACUAUUGGAGACUAUGGUGUAUCCUGGUACCAGCAGCGGGCAGGCAGUGCCCCACGUUACCUUCUCUACUACCGCUCAGAAGAGGACCAUCACAGGCCUGCUGGUAUUCCUGAUCGAUUCUCAGCUGCCAAGGACAUAGCCCACAAUGCCUGUAUCCUAACCAUCAGCCCUGUGCAGCCUGAGGAUGAUGCGGAUUACUACUGCUCUGUUGGCUACAGCUUUGGUCCUUAGGGCUUGGGUAUGGGGUGAAUUUCUCCUGCUUACCUCCCACUUCUGCCCCUGACCUUCAG